AUGCUGAAGCAUCUCUAUGGGUCUGGCCUGUCCAAGACAGCGGACACAGUCUCAAGGCUUGCAGUCGCCAAGAAGAAGAAGCCAGAGUCCCUUGGUAGUUCCCGACUCCUUGCCUAUGCCACGCCACCCCUCUGUCUUUCUGUGGGGAGAGGGCUCCUGGUUUUUCUCUCUGGUGAAGUGGAUGGAGCCCCGUGGUCUGUUUGCCGCCUCCUGGAGACCAGAUGGAGAGGGCGGGGCCUUGCUCCUGGAGUAACAGACUCUGGAGGCCCAGGGCUGGGUUCUGAGGCUGACCGGGGUCUCCUGGAGCCCUCUCCUCAUGGCCCAACAGACGUAUCUGCAGGUAAAGCGCUGCCUUUUGUGUCCAUAGACACGGAACUUGUUCGACUGCUGGCAUCUGUCUGCAUGCAGGUGAAUAAAGACAAAGGCCGGCCCAGCCACCCACCGCCUCUGCCCCACUCGAAGGCCCGACAGCCCUGGAGUGUCCCAGUGCUGCCCGAUGACAAAGGCGGGCUUAAGUCCUGGUGGAGCCGAAUGUCCAAUCGGUUCCGGAAGCUCAAACUGACCCAGACCCUGCCCCGUGGGCUCUGCAGCAACCAGCCUUUGCCUUUCUGUGAUGAGCCAGAGUCAGCGCUGGACUCCACAAUGCGGGCUGCCCCCCAGGGCAAGACAGGCCGCCCGGGGCUUCAUGAGGUGGCCCCCACAAUGAAAGAGAAUGGUCCUGGGAGCAUGAGAGGAGACAAAGAAGAUGUGUUAUUGACAACCAUGCUUCGCAAUGGAGCCCCCUUCCCCAGACUCCCGAGUGACAAGCUGAAGGCAGUCAUCCCCCCUUUCUUACCCCCUUCCAGUUUUGAGCUGUGGAGCUCGGAUCAGUCCCGGACAUGUCACAGUGGGAAGGCUGAGCCCGUGAAGACCGUGCUGCCCCAGAGAGCCGGCAGGGGCGCCCCCGUGGGCGUGGCUGGUGGGAGCACAGACGCUACUCCUGUGAGGCCCGUUAAAUUUCCAUCUCUCUCCAGAAGCCCCGCCUCUCCUGCCAGUUCUGGAAACUUCAACCACUCACCUCAUUCCUCAGGCAGCUCCAGUGGGGUAGGGGGCUCAAGCAGGCACGGUGGGGAGCUGCAUAACCGCUCAGGUGGUAGCAUAGACAGUGUCCUGUCACAAAUUGCUGCCCAGAGGAAGAAAGCAGCCGGAUUAUCAGAGCAGAAGCCCAGCCACCAGUCAAGUCCCCUUGGGCCAGCACCAGGGUCCAGCUCGUCGGAACUCCCAGUCUCCCCUGCAGGCGGUGGCGGUCCCGGUGGCAAGGAAACUCAGAGCUACUAA